GUGAGCCGCUGUAUACGUGUUCUAUCUUCUGUUCAACGGGUGACUGAAGUGACUUUGUACAGGAAAGUGUGACACCGCAGAUUUUCAGAUCUUUAAACGAGCCAAGUUACCGCUACAGUCGUAACAUCUGGGGGCCUGUCCGGGGAUCUGCACCGUCAUCGUUUCCGUUACAAAGAAGCUGCUGUACAAAGGACAAGAGAACUGUGAGUGAAUCUUUUUGAGUUGAGUGUACAGCCAUGGAAGUCACGAAGGAGCUAGUGAAGUUAGGCAAAGAAUUAGGCCUGGAGAGAGAAGAGUUACAAGAGUUUGUAGAACAGAAGGAGAGGGAAAGAGAGCAGAAAGAAAGAGAACAAAGAGAGAGGGAGAGAGAAGAAAGAGCUGCCGAGCGAGAACUACGGAAAUUACAACUAGAACAUGAAGAGAGAGAAAGACAACGCGUGCAUGAAUUAGAGAUGGCGCGUCUGAGGCCAGCAGUCACCAUGUCGGAGGUGUCUGUGAAGUGUGAGAGGCCAAAGUUGCCGAAAUUUGUUGACGGAAAAGACAGUAUGGACAGUUAUUUACAAAGGUUCGAGCGCCAUGCUGAGCUGUCUAGUUGGCCACGAAGUGUGUGGGCGGUAUCGCUCAGUGCGUUGUUGUCGGGGCAUGCACUGGACAUUUAUUCACGCAUGCCGACAGAAGCAGUUCAAGACUAUUAUCAGUUGAAGCAAGCGUUGUUGAGUGGAUAUGACUUCACGGAGAACGGCUUUAGGCGACGUUUCCGUGCAAGUAAACCAGAGAAAGGGGAGAGCCCCGAGCAGUUUACAGAAAGGUUAAGAGCAUACCUUUAUAGAUGGAUUGAGGCAGCGGGGCAGAAGACGGACUUCGACGGUUUGUUGUAUAUAGUACUCAAAGAGCAGUUCAUCGAAGCCUGCCCCAAAGACUUGGCAGUCUUCUUACAGCAGCAAGAAGACCAGAGCCUAAAAGCAUUGUCAAAUGCUGCGACAAGAUACCUGCAGUCGCAAGGCAGAGAGUUCACAGCCAGGUUAAGAGGGUCCCUGUCUGCAGCCGACACGGCCCAGAACAUCACAUCUGCCCAGCGCAGCCAAGGUUACGAUCGGCAUCAAGGCAACGAGCUGCGGUGUUAUUCCUGCGGUGGAAAGGGUCACAAAGCCAUGGCGUGCCCGAGCAACUCGAUGAGACAUUCAACCAGCCGCCAAACAUUGGAGGGAAACACACGACGGACUCCGCAACCGUCGAAUCGUCGUCCUGUGAUGUCAGCAAACGUAGCCAUUUGUGAGGGAGAUAGCCAAGGGCCAAGCUAUGAAGGCCGACGACAACACACGAUCGCUACUGACAGCACGACCCAGAACGAGCGGCACACUCCAGUGGUAGACUGCGCGUUUACCACGAGAACGACCGGCGACAUGGGUAAUAUGCCGGUGUCACGCGGACAGGUGGGAGGUAACAACGUCACCGUGCUGAGGGACACUGGGUGUUCUGGAGUUGUCAUCCGGAAAGACCUUGUGUUAGAAGGCCAGUUCACGGGUAACAGCUCGAGGCUCAGAUGCUGCCACGGGCAUACUCAGGAUGUGCCGACUGCUGAUGUUGAAAUAUCGUCGCCGUAUUUCAGUGGUCAGUGA